UUCGGCAGGAUGAACCUGGAGAACCAAGAUGUGCUGCUGGAUCUGGAGGAGGGGGAGGAGGAGGAUGAUGACAAUGAUGAUGACAAUGAUGAUGGGGAGAUCGUCUUGGAAUUGAACCAGGUGAUUAUGCCCACUUAUGGAACUGUGCCGGACCAGCAAAACCUUCAUACUCCUGAAUGGGUGGAUUUUGAUGAUAAGCCUGACUCCUUGUUCUUUAAAGAUGGGCGGCGAAGAAUUGACUUUGUUUUGGUGUAUGAAGAUGAAGGUAAAAAAAUGACUCAUAAGAGGAGUGAUCGUAAAAAGCAAAAGAAGAAGAGACAAGUGUAUGAAUCAAACCUGAUAAACAAUGGCUUGCAACUAGAAGCAACGAGGUCGGUUUUGGAUGAGAAACUUAUUUUUGUGAAAGUGCAUGCACCUUGGGAAGUGCUGUGCACGUACGCUGAGGUUAUGCACAUCAAAUUACCUCUGCAACACAAUGACCUGAAAACCCGAGAUUCAGCUUUCAACUGGUUCAGUAGACUCUUCAGGGUGGAUGAAAAUAUCAUCAAACCUGAGCAAGAGUUUUUCACUGCCCCUUUUCAAAAGGAACAUUUGUCCAACUUCUAUAUCCAAGACAAAGACACAUUUUUCAAUCCUGCAACUAGAAGCCGAAUUGUUCAUUUUAUCCUGUCCCGUGUGGAAUAUGCAACAAAAAAUAAUGUGAAAAAGUUUGGCAUUAACAAAUUACUGGACACUGGAAUCUACAAAGCAGCAUUUCCCCUUCAUGAUUCAAGUUUUAGGCACCUGUCAAUGGAUCCCAACUGCCCAAGUGAACGGUAUCUCCUCUACAGAGAAUGGGCUCAUCCUAAAAACAUUUUCAAACUGCAGCCCCUGGAUUUCAUCAGGAAAUACUAUGGAGAGAAAAUUGGCAUCUACUUUGCUUGGUUGGGCUUUUAUACAAAUAUGCUGACUGUGGCUGCGGUUGUAGGAGUUGGCUGUUUCCUGUAUGGAUGCCUGACAAAGGACAACUGCACAUGGAGCCAAGAAGUAUGUGACCCCAACAUAGGAGGUAAUAUCAUAAUGUGCCCUCAGUGUGAUAAAGUAUGUACCUACUGGAACCUCACCAUCACUUGUGAAUCAUCCAAGAAACUCUGUGUAUUUGAUAGCUUUGGAACACUGGUGUUUGCAGUAUUUAUGGGAAUAUGGGUUACUUUUUUCUUGGAGUUUUGGAAGCGACGGCAGGCUGAACUGGAGUAUGAAUGGGACACAGUUGAGUACUUGGAGCAAGAAGAGCAAGUUCGCCCAGAAUACGAAGCUCGCUGCACUCAUGUAGUGAUGAAUGAAAUCACACAGCAAGAAGAAUAUGUGCCAUACACUGCAUGUGGGAAGUGUGUACGAAUGACUUUCUGUACAAGUGCCAUCUUCUUCUGGAUCCUUUUGAUUAUUGCUUCAGUUGUUGGAAUCAUUGUCUACAGGCUCUCAGUUUUCCUGGUGUUCUCUGCAAAGUUGUCACAGCACAUCAGUGGAACGGAGGCCAUCCGCAAGUACCUGACUCCACAGACAGCCACAUCAGUAACUGCUUCACUCAUCAGCUUCAUUGUCAUUAUGAUUCUCAACAUCAUCUAUGAAAAAGUGGCAAUCGUGAUCACUGACUUCGAACUUCCAAGGACACAGACUGAUUAUGAAAACAGUCUGACCACAAAGAUGUUCUUGUUCCAGUUUGUCAACUACUAUUCUUCAUGCUUCUACAUAGCCUUCUUUAAGGGUAAAUUUGUAGGUCACCCUGGAAGUCCAGUUUAUUGGCUAGGAAAGUAUCGCAAUGAAGAGUGUGAUCCAGGUGGAUGUCUCCUCGAGCUCACAACCCAGCUUGCCAUCAUAGUAGGAGGGAAAGCUAUCUGGAACAACAUUCAAGAAGUGCUUCUUCCUUUGGUCAAGAAUUUAAUUGGAAGAUACUCUGCAGCUGCUAGAUCAGAAAAAGUUGUUCCACGUUGGGAACAUGACUACCACCUCCAGCCCAUUGGAAAACUUGGACUAUUUUAUGAGUAUCUUGAAAUGGUGAUACAGUUUGGCUUUGUGACCCUGUUUGUGGCGUCGUUCCCCCUGGCUCCUCUCCUGGCUCUUAUUAACAACAUGUUGGAGAUCCGCUUGGAUGCGUGGAAGCUGACAACCCAAUUCAGGCGCAUGGUUCCACAGAAGGCACAAGACAUUGGUGCCUGGCAACCCAUCCUGCAGGGCAUAGCCAUUUUGGCCGUGGUCACCAAUGCUAUGAUCAUUGCUUUUACAUCUGACAUGAUUCCUCGUCUGGUUUAUUACUGGUCCUUUUCAGUCCCUCCUUACGGGAGUCAUAGCAGUCACACUAUGAAGGGCUAUAUAAACAGCACACUUUCUGUCUUCAAUAUAUCAGACUUCCAGAAUGCAAGCAAGCCUUUUUCCCCUUGGUUUGGGAACCAAACGACAUGCAGAUACCGAGAUCUCCGCUACCCUCCUGGUCACCAGCACCAAUACGAGCACAACAUAUACUACUGGCAUGUCAUUGCAGCCAAGCUGGCUUUCAUCAUUGUCAUGGAGAAACUAGCAAUUAGAAGAUGUAUUUUAUCCAGUCAACAAUCAGAAGGAAUUAAACAUAUGAAUUUUGCAGGAAAAAUCUCCAAAUACUGAGUGCCAUGUAACUCAAGCCUGUCUUUUGAAGCAAACUUUACAGAAUCAUAAGAUCAUUCAGACUGGAAAAGACCUCUAAGAUCAUCAAGUCCAACCAUUAACCUGACACUGCCAAGUCCACAACUAAACCAUGUCCCUGAGUGCCAUAUCUACAUGUCUUUAAAAUACCACUCUCUGAGCCCGGCCGUCCAGCCAGUUUUUUAUCUAGUAAACAAUAGGUCUGCCCAAGCUGUGAGCAGAUCAGCAGCCUUUUCGCCCCAGGGACUUGUGUCUGUCUAAGUGGUGUAGCAGGUCACUGACCAUUUCCCCUUGGAUUAUGAGGGUUUCAUUCUGCUCCCUGCCCCUGUCUCCCACCUCAGGGGGCUGGGUACUCAGAGAACAACUGGAACUACUUAAGACUGAGGCAAGGAAGGCAUUGAUUACCUCAGCCUUUUCCUCAUCCUUUGUCUAUGUGUUUUCCACCGCAUCCAGUAAAGGAUCAAGAGUCUCCUUAGCCCUCCUUUUGUCUCUAAUAUGUUUAUAGAAACAUUAUUAUUAUUAUCUUUUGAAGCAGUAGCCAGAUUAAAUUCUAGUUCGGCUUGGGCACUUCUAAUUUUCUCCCUGCAUAACCUCAUAGCAUUAGUCUUCCUGAGCUGUCUGCCCCUUCUUCCAAAGGUCAUCAGCUCUCCUUUUUUACCUAAGUUUCAGCCAAAGCUCUCUGUUCAGCAAGGCUGGUCUUCUCUUUUUUGUAUAUUUCCAGGGAUGGCGACUACCUAUGCCACUGCUCAGUUACCCUCACGGUGAAAAAGUGUUGCAGUUUGUGCCCACUGCCUCUGGUCCUGUCACUGCAUAAUAUACCAAACUUCCAAUUAAAACACAGUUUUGUCAAAAAACUGUUUCAAGGAACAAUUCUAGUGAAGUACUCAGGAUUUCCCUGUGCAAAAUGAGUUGGGCUGGAAAGGACAGUCAGCUCCUUUCAUACUUGGAGCUUUUAAUUUUAACUUUCAACUGGACCUUUCUCAUUUGCAGUUGUGUUCAGAUGAGAGAUGGCAUUUUUAUUCCCUCAUCAGUGAUCACAGCACAGUGUGCCUUAAAUACUUUUCCAGGUGUGGUGUUAGAGAGCUGGGGCAGGUAAGAAAACAUCCUGUGAUAAAGGGGGGGGGGAGGGAAUGAAGCGCAAAAUGGACCAUUUCAGGUAAUUAUUUGAUCUUAAGGAAGCUCUUUCAGAGCUAAAGAGACUAGGAAACAAACUAAUUGUCAUACUGUGAGCAGUGGCAGAGCUUAAGACUGAUUUUCAGGAGUGUCUAGACUUUUGCUCCUUGUUUGAUACCUGGGGACUCUCAAAGUUAUUCCUUCCUACAGUUGGCAUAAUUUCCUGAAGGGGGGGUUAGCCCUCAGUGUCAUAAAGAGUUUAUAUUCCUGCCUUUAAAAUAACAAUUUAAAAACCCAUUCCAUCAGCAAAGCCUAUGUGCCUAUGGCUUGGGCUCCUCCCAUAAUAAAAUCCUAAUCAGCCCUGAGUGUGUUUCUACGUAGUCUUUUUUGUUCAGAUGACAAAUGUGCUUUUGAAACCUGUCUUCCACUUGUCUCCAUUUUCUGGGAGACACCACAGACUAAUCUGGGCACACAUGGACUGAGUUCCUUUUGGUUCAAACUGACCCAGAAGGUGGCUUUUAGAUAAGCACAGAAUGGUUGCUGACAGGCACAUAGUCUGCAGAGCUGAAACCAGAGCUGGGCUGAAGAGAAUAGUGAGCUCUGCAUGGGCAUCACCUAGCCAACAUUAACUUUUUGCUCUAGUAAUUUGCUUCUGAAAUGACACGUUCCUUGCUAAUGUAGCUGUAACGUUUCAUUUCAGAAGACAUUACAUCAGGAAUUCAGUUCAGUUUACCAUGUGCCCAGUGUUAUUAACAGCAGAGUUCUGAAUCAGAGAAAGAAGAUGAAAACCAACACAGUGCCUAAAAAUUGCAUUUUAUUAGUUUGAUUGGAGCUGUGCAGUUUCUGAAGCCUCUACCUCUAGCUGCUGAAAUGUGCUCUGCUUGCACGCAGGAAGCUCUGUGGAGGCAUAGGAACAAAAUGCUGGGGGCCAGUUGCCAACGUAUGAAUAUUUGUAAUUUUAUUUUUUUAAGCUUGAUCACUUAUUAAAGAUCUGCUUGAAGGGAAAAUCAGGAUUUGUUUUAUACUCUGAAUCCAUUUUACCUUUUUUCUACACUUGAUAUUUAGGCCAAACUCCUUCUUUGUACAGAUCUAUUGAAGUCAGGGUGAAUUUGGACCAGUGAUCGUUUCAUUGUCUUAACAAGCACCAUAAAUUACAGACUAUCACGACUGUUUUAGACUCUGUGUAUGUCAACAAAAUUCAGAAUGUAAGAGUGUAUUUUUUGUAUUUUUUCUAAGAAUGUUUGCUAUUAGUUUCUGAAUAUUAAGAUUUCUUUAUAUUUAUUGGCAUUAAAUAAAGUCUAUUUUAAAAUAUCAAUACA